CUCUGUUUUCACACUCUCCUCGUCUUCUCUUUCUUUAUACAACGACCCAAUACAAAACAUACUAACGCCACACUAUUAUUUACCCACCCCGAAAAACAAAUUGUAUAUAUAGAGAAUUAUAUGCCAAUUUGAAACAACAAUUAAACAUCUCAUUAUUCUGGAAAUCUCCCUCCCUCAACCAAAAUUUGGAAAAAACCUAACAGGAGAAAAAGAAAAGCGAAACGUAGAAAGAGAGAUAGAGAGAGAGGAAUUCGAGGCGAUGCGAUCGUGGUGGCUGCGGCUUUGGGGCAGCCCAUACGCGGCGGUGCUGGCGGCGGAGGAAGAAGAAUUAGGUCGUUAAUGGCCUAUUUGCUGCAAAUGAAUUGGCAGCCGAAUCUGCUCAGCCAGAGACGCAAAACUGGUCCACCGUUAGGGCUCAAAAACCUCGGCAAUACCUGUUAUCUCAACUCCGUUCUUCAGUGCCUCACUUACACCCCUCCCCUUGCCUUUUUCUGCCUCCAAUCUCAACAUUCCUCUUCUUGUGAUUCUGGAGCUACAGCUGCUUCAGAGAAGAAGAGUGAAUGUCCUUUCUGCAUAUUAGAGAAGCGAAUAGCUAGGUCUUUGAGUCUUGAAUCAGCCCUAGAUACUCCGUCUAAGAUUAAUAAUUGCUUAAAGAUUUUCGCCCAGCAUUUUAGGUAUGGGAGACAAGAGGAUGCCCAUGAAUUCUUGCGCUAUGUCAUUGACGCUUGCCACAACACCUGUUUGCGGUUGAAGAAGUUGCAGCAGCAAAGAAGGAAGGGUGGUGGUGCCGAUGGGAAUGGAAAUACCAUUGUUAAGGAAAUCUUCGGGGGUGCUUUACAGAGCCAGGUCAAGUGCUUGUCAUGUGGUGCUGAGUCAAAUAAGGUGGACGAGAUCAUGGAUAUAAGUCUUGAUGUGUUGCACAGUAGCUCCCUCAAAGAUGCUAUGCAGAGAUUUUUUCGGCCCGAGGUUUUGGAUGGCAAUAAUAAGUACAAGUGUGAGAACUGUAAGAAAUUGGUGACAGCAAGGAAGCAAAUGUCGAUUCAUCAAGCGCCAAAUGUUCUUGUCAUUCAGCUCAAGAGGUUUGAAGGAAUAUAUGGUGGGAAGAUCGAUAAGCCUAUUGCUUUUGAGGAGUUUCUAGUGCUUUCAAGCUACAUGUGCAAAGCGAGUCAGGUAUGUGUGUAAAGAUUAAGUUCAACA